ACGCUUGCGUUUAAAUCAGCAGUGGACACAGCGUCGUGAUAACACGUAUUGAUUGCUUCGUUUUCAUCGCCGAAGAUGAUGGGUAUACAACCUGUUGGCAGAAUGGAGCAGCAGAUAUCUGGUUCACCGCCCGAUAAGCCGAAACUUAUGCAUGGCGGUAACUACAUCAAAGAAGGGAGAGAUUCUUCGAAGUCUACUUGGCUACUAUUCUCUCCGGAAAGAGACGAGGCAGGCUCCCUGGCGCGGUUCUUGAACAUCUUCUCCACCCACGGUGUCAACCUCAGCCAUAUAGAGUCCAGGUCCUCAGCCAGACGUCCAGGUUACGAGUUCAUGGUUGAAUGCGAACAUGGUGCCGGCGACUUUGGUGCUGCUUUGGAAGAUUUGAAGAAAAACGUAGGAUAUCUGAACAUAAUCUCGAGAAAUUACAAGGAUAAUAGAUAUCUUUAUUUGAAAGGUGCUGUGCCGUGGUUCCCGAGGAGGAUACGUGAUCUGGAUCGAUUCGCUAACCAGAUCUUAUCAUACGGAGCGGAAUUGGACGCAGAUCAUCCGGGCUUCACUGACCCAGUAUACCGAGCGCGAAGAAAGUACUUCGCGGACAUCGCUUAUGAAUACAAGCAUGGACAACCGCUGCCUCAUGUUGACUACACUAGAGAGGAGAUUGGCACUUGGGGAGUAGUGUUUAGAAAACUCGUAGAACUAUAUCCUACUCAUGCUUGUAAAGAACACAACCAUGUUUUCCCAUUGUUGAUUGAGAACUGUGGAUACAGGGAGGACAACAUUCCUCAACUGGAAGAUGUUUCUAAUUUCUUAAAAGACUGCACCGGUUUCACACUACGGCCAGUGGCAGGUCUGCUGUCUUCACGUGAUUUCCUCGCCGGUCUCGCGUUCCGCGUGUUCCACAGCACGCAGUACAUCCGACAUCAUUCCAAGCCGCUGUACACGCCGGAACCCGAUGUGUGUCACGAGCUGCUCGGUCACGCACCACUUUUCGCAGACCCCGCCUUUGCUCAGUUCUCACAGGAGAUAGGAUUGGCCUCUCUCGGCGCACCUGAUGAUUACAUUGAAAAAUUGGCAACGUGCUUCUGGUUUACAGUAGAAUUUGGAUUAUGUCGGCAAGAAGGUAAUAUAAAGGCUUUCGGGGCUGGUCUUUUAUCGUCGUUCGGAGAGCUCCAAUACUGCCUGUCAGAUAAACCUGAAUUGAGAGAGUUUGAACCAGAACUGACAGGAGAACAGAAAUAUCCAAUUACGGAGUAUCAACCCAUUUACUACGUGGCUGAGAGCUUCGAAAGUGCCAAGGAGAAGAUGAUAAAAUUCGCUCAGACUAUACCACGAGACUUCGGAGUGAGGUACAACCCUUACACGCAAAGUAUCGAUAUUCUCGACUCUCCGAAACAGAUGAAAGAUCUCCUCAAAGAAGUGCACCAGGAAAUGGGUUUAUUACUCAAUACUAUGGAUAAAUUGUAAUGUAUUUUUAUUAUAAUAUAUGUAUAAUAGCUUUAAAUUUAACUUACUUUAAUUAUUGCCCUUAAUGUUUCUCACUUUUGCCGGACAAAGUGGAUGUUUAUUAUAGCUUAAAAAUAUAUUUUAUUUUUUAUUAUGAAAAAUGUAUGACAAAUAUACAGCUUUAUUAUAUAUAUUAUAUCGAGCUUAAGUUAACUUUAGAUGUAUUUAGGAUAUUCGUACUGAAUAUAAUGUAAGUAUCGAUAAAAAAUUAUAACAUUUAAGACAGCCCUAUUUUCUGUGUUAGAUGUUUUUUUUCUUGUUCGUGAUUUAUGCCCGCAUGAAAAGUAAUUUUAGACAACUGAGAAAUAUUUCUCGUGUUUGAAACUAUUGAUAAAGAACAGGAUAAUAAAUUUUGGUUUAAUA